AUGGUUGGCAGAAAUAAAUGCUUGGCCCUAGGAUUUCUUACAUUUUUAUGGGCUGAAUUGUGCACUGAAAGCAAAGGAGAGGAAGAAGAACAGACUUGCCGCUUGCUGGGCAAGUUUGAUUUGAAUGGGUAUGUAGAUGCCAAAAACCACUCACUUAUUAUUGGAGGGCUGUUUCCUAUUCACUCCAGGACCAUCCCCGCAAACGAGUCUAUUUUGGAGCCAGUAUCAGCAAAAUGUGAAGGGUUUAACUUCCGAGGAUUUCGUUGGAUGAAAACAAUGAUCCACACAAUCAAGGAGAUUAAUGAGAGGAAGGAUAUUUUGCCCAACAUCACUUUGGGCUAUCAGAUCUUUGACACCUGUUUCACCAUCUCCAAAUCAGUGGAAGCGGCUUUGGUGUUCCUUACAGGGCAGGAAGAAAAUAAGCCCAAUUUUAGGAACAGCACUGGGGCAUUUCUGGCAGGAAUUGUUGGGGCAGGUGGAUCAUCCUUAUCAGUUGCUGCUUCAAGGAUUCUAGGACUGUAUUAUUUACCUCAGGUGGGCUAUGCCUCUACCUGCUCAAUACUUAGUGACAAAUAUCAGUUUCCUUCUUAUCUUCGCACAAUAGCCAGUGAUAAGAUCCAGUCGGAGGCCAUGGUAAGACUUAUCCAACACUUCGGUUGGGUCUGGAUAGGCACUAUAGCAGCUGAUGAUGAUUAUGGAAAAUAUGGAGUAAAAAUUUUUAAGGAAAAUAUGGAGAAUGCCAACCUCUGUAUCGCAUUCUCCGAAAUCAUUCCCAAAGUCUAUUCCUAUGAGAAAAUGCAAAAAGCUGUUGAUGCUAUAAAGACCUCCACUGCCAGAGUCAUUGUGCUUUACGCAUCUGAUAUUGACCUCAGCCCUUUUGUGUUGGAAAUGGUUUACCAUAACAUAACUGACAGAACAUGGAUAGCGAGCGAAGCAUGGAUUACCUCAGCCCUCAUCGCAAAGCCUGAAUAUUUUCCGUAUUUUGGUGGAAGUAUUGGAUUUGCAAUACCAAGAACUGAUAUACCAGGAUUAAAAGAAUUUCUUUAUGAUGUACAACCCAACAGGGAUCCAAAUGAUGUCCUCACCAUCGAAUUCUGGCAAACUGCUUUUAACUGUACUUGGCCCAAUAGCAGUGUUCCGUACAAUAGUGACCAUAGAGUGAAUAUGACUGGUAAAGAAGACAGAUUACACGCAAUGUCUGACACAUUUUGUACUGGAGAAGAGAAGUUGGAAGAUCUUUGUCCCCAUUCAGUGUGUACUGAUGUGUGUCCUCCUGGGACACGGAAGGGGAUUCGUCAGGGGGAACCAAUAUGUUGCUUUGACUGCAUCCCAUGUGCUGAUGGAUAUGUGUCACAGGAACCAGGUCAAAGGGAGUGUGAACAAUGCCGUGAAGACUACUGGCCGAAUGCACAAAAGAGUGAGUGUGUGCUGAAGGAGGUGGAAUUCCUUGCGUAUGAUGAUCCCCUGGGAUUCACACUUGUCAUCCUCUCCAUCUUUGGGACACUUGCGGUCAUGGCAGUCACGGCUGUGUAUGUGAUGUACAGGCACACUCCCCUGGUGAACGCCAACGACCGGGAGCUGAGCUUUCUUAUUCAGGUGUCUCUUAUCAUUACGCUGCUGUCAUCUAUGCUUUCCAUUGGCAGGCCAUACGACUGGUCCUGCAUGUCCCGCCAUGUCAUUCUGGCACUGGGCUUUUCUCUUUGUCUAUCUUGCAUUCUUGGAAAGACCAUUUCACUGUUUUUAGCCUACAGAAUUUCCCAAUCCAAAACCCGACUUACAUCCAUGCACCCCCUUUAUCGGAAAAUCAUUGUGCUAAUCUCUGUUCUAGUUGAGAUUGGCAUAUGUGCAGCCUACUUGGUAUUAGAACCUCCAAGAGUAUACAAGAACAUGGAAUCUCAAAAUACAAAGAUCAUUCUGGAAUGUAAUGAAGGUUCCAUAGAGUUUUUGUGCUCAAUCUUUGGGAUUGAUAUCUUUCUAGCCUUGCUAUGCUUUCUUACAACCUUUGUGGCUCGCCAGUUGCCGGAUAAUUAUUAUGAAGGAAAAUGUAUCACCUUUGGGAUGCUGGUCUUUUUCAUCGUCUGGAUCUCCUUUGUCCCUGCUUACUUGAGUACCAAGGGCAAGUUCAAAGUGGCUGUGGAAAUAUUUGCAAUCUUGGCAUCCAGCUAUGGUUUGUUGGGUUGUAUAUUUGCUCCCAGGUGCUUCAUUAUCUUGCUGAGGCCAAAGAGGAACACUGAAGAAAUCGUUGGAAGAAUCUCCACUAUAGAUAAGAGUAUCCAACUGAUUUCAUCUUCUGUGAGCAGUGAGAUUAACAAUACUGUGGAGUCAACUGUUCUGGAUGAUUAG